CAAAAACAUCACUAUUCUUGACGUUAAACAAGCUAGUCAUGCAGUUUUGCUGCGGAAACCGCAAUCCAACCAAGAUAUCCAACAAAAACACUGGCAUACACCCCAACCCUUCACAGACAGCAGUUCAUCAACAACUGGUUUGCACUUAAAAAUCCAAACUCAAUUAAGAUUCUAUCUGGAAUCCCAUCCUCCAUAAAUGGCUUCUCUCAUGGAACACUUGAAGCCAUCUUUCCGGCGUCAUUCCUUACCUAUUAUCUUAUUGAAAAACCAUGCAAUAUUAUCAACAAAGCAACACCUCAAGUGCUGACAGUAGCAGUAGCAGUGGAAGUCGCAGAACUGCUUCUGCUGCUACUGCUGCUGGGGCUAUUGCACCUAAAGUUUCAGGCCACCAUCAUGUUUUCCGUGGAGUUCGGCGUAGGAGUAGUGGAAAAUGGGUGUCUGAGAUUAGAGAGCCUAAGAAGCCUAACAGAAUCUGGUUAGGCACAUUUCCUAACCCUGAAAUGGCUGCUGUUGCGUAUGAUGUGGCAGCCCUUGCACUUAAAGGCCAGGAUGCAGAGCUUAACUUCCCAAACUCAGCUGCUUCUCUGCCUGUUCCUGCUUCCACGUCACCGCGUGAUAUUCAGGCGGCCGCAGCUUCUGCGGCUGCUGCUAUAGGUGCUGCGAAGGAUGCUUUAGGGAUUCCAAGUAUGGGGGAUACUAAUCAAAUGGAACAGGAAAUUAGGCCAAUGGUCAAUGAUCAGUUUGUUGACGAGGAUUUGAUGUUUGAUAUGCCUAAUGUUCUUGUGAACAUGGCAGAAGCGAUGCUUCUUAUCCCUCCUCGCUUGGACAUUGCAGGUGGUGAUGCUACGGCCGAUGACAGCACUGGAGACCAGAACCUUUGGAAAUUCCCUUGAAUCUAUGCAUCUUUCUAUAUGAAUAUGAUCAGAAACUA